CCCUCACCCUCCCUCACCCUUCACACACACACACCUCUACUCUUACGCCAUUUUUACCCGGACGUCCUUGAUCCUCCCCUUGCACCUCCUCCUCCAACCUCCUCCUCCAACCUUCAUUACCUCACACUUGAUCCCCCACUCGACUUCGUGCUUGACCUCUCACUCCACCUCACACUCGAUCUGGGGACCUCUGACGCCAUGUCCGUUAUCUGCCAAACGUUCGUACAGAAUACUUGGAGGAAAGACUUAUGUUCUAACUGUUUCAAGUCCAAGGAGGAGCAUGGAGUAGGAGUAAGAGACACAGAGAGUAAAGAUGGAAAACUAUUAGGUGGAGGAGGAGGUGUGAGUUUAUCCUUGAGGAGCAGGACGGGGGUGGAAGGUUUGAGUGGAGGAGGUGGUUCGAGGAGGUACAUAGGGGUGGCUGGCGGCGUGUAUCAGCGGGGUUACUACAAUAACUCGUGGAAAUCUAUCAUGAUCGAUCAGACAGAUACCAACACUGACACCACUAAUCUCAAGUCUCCUGGGCUCAUUAAAGGCAUGUCGAGCUUAGUGAGCCAAGAGAACGAGAAGAAUCUGUUGUUGAGUGAUAUGGUCGACUCAGAGGACAGUACCGAUACCCUGAGGAGCUCCAGGUUACUCCGGCAGGUGAAGACGACGCAGAGUGAGGCGAGACUCCUGUCGGAACUGUUGGAGAGUAAGAGUGACAGAGAAGAGAAGGUGGAGAGUGAUAAAGAGGAGGUGAAGUGUAGAGAGGAUAAGGGAGACGUAAGUAGCGAUCUGGGGUCUGAGGCGAGUCAUGAUGGCAGUACCGCUUCGUCUGCUACUUCGUCAGCGUGUUCCUAUGAGGUGUCUUGCUCGGCGGCCAAUAGUGACACCGCUUCCCUAAAGAGUGAGGCAGGGAGUGACCAAUCAGCUGAGGAGAAGGGAGAGGACAGCGUGGUCAGGGAGAACAAUCACCUUACACUUGAGAGGAAAGAGUUCGUCCCCCCUGUCAGUAUCGUCAAGACCCCAGGCCAGUUUAGGAGUAAGCGAGGCUCCAUAAGCUUUAACCCACAGCUUGAGGAAGUUAUCGGCUAUGGUGGUGACGUAGAUUAUUCCGACGGUGAAGACGACUUUGACGAUGAUGACGACGAGGAUUACGACGACCUGACUGAGUUGACCCCAGACGAGCGGGUGUUAAGGCAACUGACGGACAAGAACACCGACUUCAACUCCGACAACGACAACCUGAAGAAGGACAUUGAGGAACUACUUCCCUCCGUCAAGGAACUGGAGGAGAAGAGGAAGAUGAUCAUAGCGGAGAUAGAAGAACUGGAGAGACUAGGGAGAGAAAAUAGAAUGAAGAACGAGAGAGACAAACAGGAAGAGAAGAAAGAAGACAAACAUGAAGAGAAGAAAGAAGACAAACAAGAAGGUAAAGUAAAGUUAAAACGUUCAUCUCCCCUCGUGUCGACCAAGCCGCUGAUCGCCCGCAACAACAACGAACUGAGGGUAAACCAGGUCCUGCCCAUGAAGAACGGGGAGGUGGUGAGGACUGGGCUCACGGGGGACGCCGAGGAGAUCCCCCUCAAGGGCAUCAAGCCAAAGUACGUCGCCAGGGAGGAGGAGAUGAUAGAGAAGACCAGUUCCCCGCACCAGCAACUCAAGUCCAGCGCCGAGAAGAUCACCUCCAUUGAUGACAUAUAUCACUCAGGGGACGCCAAGAAGGUCAGGGUCACGUCCAUAGAUGAUGUCUGUGUGUCGGGCGUGGACGAGACAGUCAAAUCCGCCGAGUGUAGUCCUGUCACCCAGUCAAAGGUCACGAAGAUUACUGAUGUGGUGCCUCAGGUAGCCAAACAAACUGUUAACUCAGCUGUUACGUCAAAAUCGAGUCUUCCUUCACCAGGUGUGGCAGCGACAGGUGGGGUUCUCUCAGCCCAGAAGGUAAACCAAACUCAGAAUGGUGUUGUGAGUGAGAGGCUGAACAACACCGUCAAGUCUUCAGGAGAAAGUGGAACAAAGGUCAACAGUGAUGCAAAAGACCCGCCUAAAAAAGUCCCCCCUGUGUCAGCCCCCAGGAAGUCUCUCAUGAAUCAGUCACAAACAGCAGGGGACCCAACCUACCACCAGGCCAACACCACCACCACACAACACCGCAAGACCUCCCCAAAAUCAAGUCCUCCUGAGCCUCGGGUUACCCCAAGUCCCACAACAAGUAGCAAUUCUCCCUCACCUACGGAACGUCACACAAAUGGAGCAGCAGCACAGCCUGAAACGUCGCCAGGAACUAAAGUAACACCAGAGAGCAGAAAUUCACUCAAGUCAACUUUAGUGCAGCAGACACUUAAUGCAGCCGUGAAGUCCGUCUUAGAGAAGAAGCUUAAAGAUAAUAAUGGUAAGUCUGACAGCCAAGAGGACAUUAUCAAGGCUCAGUCACGGCCCAGUCCUCUAGAUGUUGAUAAGUCACGUGUUGGAGGUACCUCUUAUACCUCAACCUCCACCAACCACCCUCCAACCUCCACCAAUCACCACUCUACAGCCUCCACCAACCACCCUCCAACCUCCACCAAUCACCACUCUACAGCCUCCACUAACCACCCUCCAACCUCCACCAAUCACCACUCUACAGCCUCCACUAACCACCCUCUAACCUCCACCAAUCACCACUCUACAGCCUCCACCAACCACCCUCCAACCUCCGCCCAUCUCCCUGACACACCCAAUACCCCGCCCACCCAGACACCUUCAGUAGCCAGCAGAACUCCGACAGAUCAAAAUACCCCCGAGGGUUGUGUUAAUCCUCACCGUCAGGCAGCAGGCGCCCCCAAGACCUCAGGUAGUCAGGGCACGUCAGAGUCUCCCACAACUUCGUCAAAAAUUCACAAAAACCAAUCUAAUCAAAAUCCUUCAGAGGCCUCAAGAAGUUUACCUGACCAGAGUGUUGAGGAAGUUGUCAGUAGAGCUCCGAGUCAGAGUCAGUCAGAGCAUCCGAAGACUCAAUCUGACUCACCGAGGACUACAGUUAGUCACAACCACGUGACGGCUUCAAGAACCUCAUCUAACCAGAGUGUUCCAGAGACGCCAAGGACUCCGUGUAGUGAGUCAGGGAACGGCAAGACCCCCGCCAGCCGCCAGGGGAGCACCUCCAGCCUCAUGACCACCUUCGGCACCCCUGUAGUGUUCACCUCCACCACCCCACAGAGCUCCUUCCUCCACUCCUCACCCCGCAACAUGUAUGAUGACACCUACAGCUCCCCCUCCACCAUGCACACCCCGGAGACGACAGACUUCCUGAAGGAGAUCAAAUCACAGCCGGAGGUGCCAGCGCCGACGGCAGGGAUCCAAAAGUCUGCUCUCUAUGCCUCGACGUCUUGCCUCAAGGGCCUCCCCGGGGCUAAGCCAGUCAUCACACCCAAACCUCCUAAGUUAAAGGAUAAACCGAAGGUCCCGUUCAAGCCUUCGGGCAGCAGCCCCAGGAUAUACGCCACUCCGUCACCUGUCACCCCCAAGGUGUCCAUCGGCAGCCUCUCGGGGGCCAUCUCAACACCUAACCUUGUCACACUGAGUACAGACGACAGGAGCGACACAGUCUCUACCGCGUCGGGAACCUCAGAGGCGUCCUCCUCACAAUCACACCCAGAUGGUAGGCCAGAGGUGCUGUACAGAGUGACGCCUGAACACAAGAAGCCGCCACCCACCAUCCAGGCGCCCGCUAUACCCUCUCCCAGUGGACGCCAGCAGGUGGAAGCUGUCUACGACAUCCCCGUCACCCUCGCCUCCAGGGUGUCGUCCACGCCAGACACCACGCAGGAGGAGCUGAAGAAGGACGACGACGCCACGAUUUACCACGAGAUUGACGACAGCAUCAGCGUCCCUGAGGUGAGUCAAGGGUCGCCGACCACCUCAUCAGGGUCGCCCUCUGAGUCUAUCUACUCCCCGUCUUCAGCCCCCCGUCAGGAGUCCACCAGAUGCCAGUCGAGGUCCACCUUCGAGGCCAACCGUUCCUUGCUUUCUGCCGCCCUCGACUUCGGUACCAAAGCCACAAGGUCGAGUGCUAGUAAGCGUCUUGCUCCUCGACCUCCGGCGGAAGAGGGCGAGGAAGACUGUAAGACGGAGGAGCCGCCUGAGGGAGCCACGCCGGUGGUGACUCAGUCCUCACUGCCCUCGGAAACAUCUCCACCACAGGACUCUCUUGAAGGAGUCGACCAAGACACUACUGUGGCCGCCCCGACACCUGCUGACAACAAAGAUGGUGAGUCCUACUCCUCCUUCACCGACGACUUUGAUGACGACGACGAGGAAGAGGAAGCCCAGCCGACCUUGAGGAAGGCUGAGAGGUCGUCGUCAGCCAUCCCCUUCUACAGGAACUCCAUCGGGCCCAUCGUGACCCAUGAUACUAAAGGUAUCUACGACAGUCCCACCUCCUUAGGUAUAGUGACCACAAGCCCGAGGGGUAGUGAGGUGUACCAAGUUCCCAGCCUGGUGCCCUCGGGGUGUCCUGGGGGCGCCUACACCAAGCCCCAGGCCUCUCGCUCUCACUCCGUCCCCCGGGCCAGUGACCACAUAGUUAACAUCGACCACACCUUGUCGGGAGCGGGGAUACCUGCCUCUUCCUCCUCCUCCUCCAAGUUUAGCUUCGGCAGAUCAGGUUUCUUCCGUCCGUCCUCGCCUCCUACGGUUAAGCGAGACUCGAGCAGCUCAGAUCGAGGGCGAGACCGCAGCAACAAGAAGACGUCGUCCUCGAGGUUCUCACUCAAGAAGCUGCUGCGGCUGGGUAGCGGGAAGGACGAGGAGAAGAAGAGUCACAAGGAACAAGAGAAACGCCUUCACAGGGAGAACAAGAAAGGCAGACUCACUAUUAUACAUCCUCUUGACUACAACCAGAACGGUGUUGAGGUGAUCGCCAGGCCAGAGAAGACAUCGCCCAUCUACGACUACACGGGGAUUUACGGUUAUAUCCCGCCACCGCAGCUGAGUGCCAAGCUGGAGGACGCUUAUGCCUCCAUCACACAGGCGUCGGCGGUGCAGGCCUCCCCCGCGCCCUCCCUGGCUAGCAAGAGAUCAGAGAGUUCCGCUGAGGCCUCCCACGGGUCGUCUUGGGGACAUCCACACCCUACAACAUCAUCGUCAAUAGGUGGAGCUGCAGGAACCACCAUACCAGCUACUGCAGGGGUCGUAUCAUCCCUCCCACCAGCCACCACCAUCACCACCACCUCCCUCACCACAAUAAACACCGCGUCAUUCACCACCACGCCCUCUAACGUCACAUCCGUCACCACAUCAACCUGUGUACCCAUCUAUGCUACCAGUCCUAUGGCGACGGUGAUGACCACAGCCUCCCCACCACCCACCACUACUGCCCUGGAGAAGCGUAGUUCGUUCCUAAGGAGAGAAGCAGCUAUUGAAAGAAGAGAAUCAGGCUCUAGUUAUACCAGCGCUAAUAUCACCACCACCACCUCACAUAACCUGGGCUUCAACUCAGAGGGUCGCCCCAAGCCGCCGCCACCACCCAGAAAGGUGUCCCUGGAGACCGGCCAAACCUAUGACAUUUAUUCCUCUCUCGCCGACCUCCACACGCCCUCACGCCCACACCACCACAACUCUCCCACGCCCACCACCGACACGCCCUCGCGGCCCCAGCGUCCGCCCCCGCCCACACGCACGCCCAGUAAUGCAGGCACCAAGUCAGGUCCGCCCAGACCUGAGCCACCCAGGCUGGGCAGGGAUUCUGUCUAUGCUAAUUUGGGUGACGUCCGCGCCCCCAUCACUCCCCGCAAGCCAGGGAGGACAGCCAGCAUCCGAGGAGAGGACGACAGGGAAAAGAGACGAGCACCACAGCCCCCUCAGUCCUUCCAGCAAGCCGUGCACGAAGCAGCUCAGCAGGCAGCAGCACAGAGACUAAUCAAACACCAGAAACAAGACAGUACGAGCAGCAGUUGUAGCAGCAUCACCAGUUCUAGAGCGGCCAAGGGUCCUGCACCAGCGAGACCACACCAGCCUCACUACACCAACAGCGACUAUGAGACUGUCGGGAGAGAUGACGCCACUAAUUACGGCGUUGCUUUGCGGUCACCCUCGCCUGUUCUCUACGAUGCUCCUCUUCCCCCCGAGGCACGACCCAAGUCACCCCAAGACAUUCACACACCUGAUGGAUACAUUAUCCCAGCACAGCCUCCCUUGUCCACCAUGGUGACCCAGAUCAGUGUAGGAUCCUCCACGUGUACAGUGUUGUCUUCCUCGAGUUACACUGAAGAGGUUUACCAGACACCGCGGGGAGUCUAUCAGACUGAAGACACAACCUCUGCCCCGUCUUCACGCCAGGAGAAGACAGGUCGUCUGAGCGUUCGUCGUGCCUCAGCAAUGACGCACAGAAGUCUGGAAGAUCAAUACGGUGCCGUAAUCUCCGCCAAUCUCGAAGCUCUCUCCAACCUGUUAGAUCAACUGUCCACGAACUGUUGUCCUGUGGGGUACGAGGAAGUCAGUUCAGGAGUCUAUCGGUGGGAAGACAUUACCAUAGACGACGACAUAAUAGUAGGCGCCGGCCACCGCUUGUUUUACGUUGGAGUAGCUCGGGGCCGGGACGUGGUUCUCAUGCUCACCCCAGAAACCAAAGUGGAUGCUCAUCACCUCUUAACUCCUAUACCUCUCGCUACCUUCAAAGACAACCUCCCCAGCCACCUGCUCUCUCAUAAAUACAUUACGCGAGGAAAGUCAACGCCUGGGAUUGUGUGGGUUUUACCGUCCAUAAGUUUAACAACAAUGAGAACGUUGGCAGAAGAAGAGUGUUUGCGGUUAUCAGCUGUUCCGGCAGAGUGGGAGCGUAACACCUGCCUCCUCCUCCUCCAGCUGGUGACGGGCCUCAAGCAGCUGCAGGCGCAGGGUGUAGAAGAAACCUGUAUUGAUCUGACUCUUGUAGUUAGAGGGAGUCGAGCAAAGGGACAAGAUUGUGAUCCCAGGUUAAUACUUGUGCCUCCCACAGAGACAGGUACUGCUCUCAUGUCUCUGUGUCAGUGUGCUGCAGCAGUGACCUUACUGCUCAUGGGGGUGGACGACCCACUAGAGUGUGCAAGAGAAGGCAACUUCACCAUCCCUGAUCCAGUUCCCUCCCAACACGCCUUCAACAUUCUCCUACAGAUACUUGGUCAGGAGAGAGCAGGAUCACUCACACAGGUUAAAUGUGUAUUAGAAGUCCUCCUGUUUGGCCCUGACAGCUCUGGAUGUGAUGCCAAAGAGGGUGAAGAAGUUGAGGAAGUUUUACAGAGAUGGCUCGACCUGGAGAGAGCGACAGUCCUUCACUCACUCAUCCGGGGACCUUUAGAGUCCUCGGUGCUCACUAAGUUCCAUCUCCUUUUCCUUGUUAGAACAAAUUCAAGAGUCCUUCGGGAAACUUUAAAACUCUUAGGAGAUCCAGAGGUUACCACUUUUUGAUUAUAUUAUAACAAUUGGUACCUCGGUUGAGGAGGGGAACUAUCCAAAUUCAUCAUUCAUGAUGCUCCUAAUACUAGAGAACAGCUGCCCAUGUUUACACACUGUUUCUAGUACUGGAGAAAGGCUACCUCAAAUAUAGCUUCUCUGCUGUAAGCUGUGUGGGGGAGGGGGGUAGAGGAAUACUGUACACACUAUGUUGUCUUGUGAGAUACAAAAACUUACCUAUGGAUGUAUGAGCAUGUUGGGACACUAUGUUUACAUGUCUGUGUAUAAUUUAUUCAGUACUGUACUACAAGAUUGCUAUUCAGGCAACAGGAACUGAAGGUUGAGUUUAUGCCUCCAUUAGUCCAGUGUCUGCAGUACAGUAAUACCCAACACUGUUUGCCGACGUAUUUGUCCUUUUAUUACAGUAUGACAAUUUAGAAUAAUAUUUUGACAAGUAUGAAGAAAGUCUGGUACAAUAACAGUACUAACGUGCUCUGUAAAUACUGGGCGACUAUUGACUGGUAUGCAUAACUCUUCACCAAAUGGCUUUACUGUAUGUAUAUUUUGAACAAUAAGAUACCAUAGACUUACUGUGAGCUUUGCAACCAUGUGAUAACUUAUAUUAGUUGAUGCAAGUGACAUCUGAGAAGUGGUUUGUGAUUUUCUCUGAAUGGGGGAUGGCUUGUGCCACGUCUCAGGUGGUGUGUGUCACAUCUCAGGUGGCGUGUGUCACAUCUCAGGUGGUGUAUGUCAUAUCUCAGGUGGUGUAUGUCACAUCUCAGGUGGCGUGUGCCACAUCUCCGUAUCCUGCAUGUAAUUUGACAAUCAAUUUACAAAGAUCAAUAUAAAUAAAUUUGAACAAACUUUUAACAGAUGUACUUGCAAAAUGCUCUUAUGGUUCUUGGGAGUGUAAGUCCAUGAAUGAUAAUCAAACAAAGUCUGUCUUCCUUACUCAAGUGUCAUGCUAAAAUCAAAACUGUUACUUCUUUAUGUUGUCUUGUUAUCUACUGUCCACUCUGUCAACCACCUCAUCAUAAGGAACCUCACUGAAGCCUUGUUACACUGUUCAGAAACAAUUAUGUACUUAAUGUAAGUUUUUCUCGCUGGAAGAUUUUUCCCCACAACAGAUGUCUCCAUAAUCUGCCCGAGAAUUUGUUUGACAUUUUUAGUAUUUUACCUUCGGGAGGGGGAGAGGCAAGGGAAUGACAAGAAGUCUGAUUCAUAUUGCCUCACUAUUACUGUAGAGAAAGGCUGUGUUAGUCAAUGUACCACCUUCCCUUGUGUGUGUGUGUGUCAUGAUGGGCGGUGUGUUGGACGAUUAUUGGAUAUACUGUACAUUAUAAAGUGGUAAAUAUUAUCUUGUCAGGGAAAUUCUAGGCAAUAUUAAGGUGUGUAUUCUUAGUAGUGUUCUAUAUAAUAAUGAACAUCUCCGGUGAAAGAACAAGUAGUACAGUACAGUAUUGCCAAGUACUGUACACUGUAAUUAAGUGUAUGAAAGUGCAUAGUUCAUGGGUAAACAGAUCACUACUAGAAACACACACCUUAUGUUGGUAACUCUUAACAGUUUAUAUAUACAGUAGUAACCAUUCCUCGUACUGCCGCCAAGUGACCUGUACCGGGUAACUGUAAAUUAAUCAAACCUCUGUAACUUGAGAUAAACCUUUUUUUUCAUACAGUAUCCAACAGUAAGCCUUGUAACAUUAGUCAGUAGAAGAGUUGGUAGGUGCUCCAAAAUUCUGUCCCUCACUAUUGAAACUGCGGGACUCCUGUAAAUUAAUCAUCUCUAAGGUUUAAUGGACAAAUGUCAUUUAAUAUUUUGAAACUUUCUAAGUAAACAAAAAUAUAUGUAGAAAGAUAUUAUUUGAAGUCAGUGUCGUCCUUAGAUUAGUUUUAGAACAACAACUUUGUGAUGAAAAACUCUCAUAUUUAAUAUUUGAACAAGUUAGAACCAGCUGCUGUACAGUACUGGGCUUCAUUGUUUGACAGGUUCAACUUUUCUCUUCCUUACAAUAUCUUUAUUUGUCAAGCUUUGUGUAUAUAUUGUAGAUGGUGUGUAUCUGUAUGUAUAUUGUAAAUAUCAUUCAUACUCUUCCUGGUCAUGUAUAAGUGAUCCAUGAAGUAUACUGGUCAACUGUAUUACCAUUAUGGUGCAUUUUAUUUACUUUUUAAAACUACAGCAAGAAUAACUUAUGAAAAUUCUAACAACAUUAUGUUAAUGGAAUAAACUGGUUAUUGGAA